GCAUGUUGUUGGAUUAUUUCUCUAUAUUGGAUGUAUUUUCUUUGUGAGAAUAUAAAGCAAAACAGAAAACUCUUUUUUAAAGUGUAUUAUCUGCCUGCAUCCUUUAAGGGUCUUUUAUUUUCUAUCUGGCUUUGAUUUUGUGCUAUGUGGAGUUAUUAUCACAAGAGGUUUUUGUAUCUCUUGCUCAUGAAUGCUGUGUUUGGUGUUGAUGCAGAUGAAGUGAAGUCAGUCUCAGUGUUGGAGGGAGAUUCUCUCACACUACGCAACGAUGAUACUGAAAUACAGACACAAAAUCAGAUACUGUGGAUGUUUGGACCUCAAGAUUCUCGUAUAGCUGAAAUCCAUAAGAAAACAAUUGAUUUGUACGAAAGUAAUAGGAUAUUUGGAGAAAGACUGAAGUUGGACGAUCAGACUGGAUCUCUCACCAUCAAAGACAUUAGAAUCACAGACUCAGGAAUGUAUAAGCUGAUGAUAAUCAGUAAUAGAGGCACUUCAUACAAAAGAUUUAAUGUUCGUGUCUAUGUUCCUCUAGAUGUUCCUAUCAUCAUCAGAAACUCUUCUCAGUGUUCUUCAUCAUCAGAAAGAUCUUCAGUGUCAAAAUGUGUGUUAAUGUGUUCAGUGAUGAAUAUGGCACAUGUGACUCUCUCAUGGUACAAAGGAAACAGUUUAUUGUCCAGCAUCAGUGUGUCUGAUCUCAACAUCAGACUCUCUCUACCUCUGGAGGUGGAAUAUCAGGACAACAACACAUACAGCUGUGUCAUCAGCAAUCCCAUCACAAACCAAACUCAACAUCUAAACAUCAAAGAUGUCUGUCCGCCGUGUUCAGUUCUCCUGCGUUCACGUUGGAGACUAGUGUUAGCUGUCGUUGCGAUCUUGGUCAUGAGUAUAAUUCUAUUCUGGUGCUUCCGGACAGCCUGUUGGCAAAAUUUAUCCAAAUUAUUUUUUAUAUAAUUUUGGCUGGUUGUGAAUAAAUUGAACAGAGCA